UCAUAUACCCACCCCUUCAUUGCAACUCAGCUGCAAGUUCCAAUUCGGCACCACCCAACGAUCCAACCCAACUCAAGGUCUCCAUUCUUCGAAAACCACUUCCACUUCUCAACCCCAACCGCAAGCCAAUUUGCCUCGUCUGUAACAAUGGCCACCCACACCAACCACAACCAAGGCUUCGCCCCCUCCACGUCGGGCACCACCACCACCCCCUCCAAGUUCCAAACCGUCCUCCUGAUUGGCGCAACUGGCUCCAUCGGCUCGUACAUCCUGCGCGCGCUCCUCUCGGAGCCCUCGCUGACCGUCACCAUCCUCACCCGCGCCUCCUCCAAAUCCAUCCCGUCCCUGCCUCCCAAUAUCACCACCACCAACCAAGUCCGCACCAUCACCAUCGACGACACCUACCCGACCGACGCCCUGCUCGCCGCCUUCCGCGGCCAGGACGCCAUCAUCUCGUGCCUGACCACGCUCUCGGUGGCAGACCAGUUCCGCAUGAUUGACGCGGCCAUCGCCGCGGGAGUGAAGCGCUACGUGCCGAGCGAGUACGGACUCAACAACAUGCGCGCUGACGCGCAGGGCUUGAAUUCUGUGUUUAGGAACAAGGGAGCUGUGCAGCAGUAUCUGCGCGACAGGGUGGACCAGAUCGAGUGGAUGAGCGUCAGCUGUGGGAUGUGGAUCAAGUGGUCGGUGAGGAAUGACUUUCUGGGGUUGAGGGUGAGGGAGAGGAAGGUGGAGCUGUGGGAUGAUGGGGAGGGGAGGUUUAGUGUCAUGACGGAGGAGAACACGGCGUUGGCGGUGGUGAGGGGGUUGGUGGCGUUUCCGGCGGAGACGAGGAACAGGAAUGUCUUGGUGGAAGAGUUUGUUACCACCCAGCGGGAGCUGGUGGGUGAGAUUGAGCGACAGAUGGGGUGGAGGUUCGACGUGGCACGGGUGGACAGUCGGGCGAGGAUUGCCGAGUUGCAGGCGGCGGUGGAGAAGGGCGAUGCGACGGCCACGUAUGGGCUUAUCGAGGCCGGUUUCGUGACGGGGCGGUAUGGUGGUGAUUUGAGCAAGGAGGGCGAGAUUAUGACCGAGAAGCUGGGCUUGAAGAGGCACUCGCUGCAGGAGGUUGUCGCGGAUGCCCUCGCCAGCUUGCAGUGAGUUGCAGACUUGUUUUGGGUAUAGCGAUAUGAAGACUGCUCUUGCAGAAGAAAGUGGCACUACCAUAUCCUUCGACGUUCCAGUUAUAUUUUCAAGUUGACCCAGAAUCGCAUAUCCGCAACAAUAAGUUCUUGGUUUAAGCCAAUGGCAUAUUGACUCGAUGUAAUGCA